AUACAUUUUUAUUUGGCUUUCGAAAUACAAAAAUCAAUUAACAGACUUGUGCGACAUCUGUGAAAUCUCCUUGCAAACAUGCUAAGACAAUUCUACAAAACUCUCAGCCAAACUCAAAACAAACGCCUUUUUUCCACUUCAAAUUUCCGGCUACAUCGUGUGACGGUUAUAGGUUCUGCAGGUGGCAUAGGCCAAGCCUUGGCCAUGCUUAUUAAAGCCGAUCGUUUGGUUACAGAUUUGGUUCUGAUGGACAUCAAGAAUACGGCCGGCAUAGCAGCAGAUGUUUCCCAUAUUGAUACUUUCUCGGGUGUCAAAUCAUUUACGGGUGUUGAGAAUAUGGAAAAGUCUUUGGAAUGCAGUAAUUUGGUAGUGGUGGCUGCCGGGGUGGCACGUUCCGAUAAGACUACAAGAGCUGCCUUAUUCGAGGCAAAUAAGGAACUUAUUUAUAAUGUUACCGCCCUAAAGGCCAAAGUUUGUCCUGAGGCUAUUCUGGCCAUCAUAACGAAUCCUAUUAAUGCUUUGAUACCCUUGGCGGCGGAGACCUUAAAACAAUUGAAUGCCUAUGAUGCAAAGAAGUUAUUCGGCAUAACUAAAUUGGAUACCAUGAGGGCACGCACUUUUAUAGGAGAUCAUUUGAUUAUAGAUCCAGCUAAAGUAAAGGUUAAUGUUAUUGGUGGUCACUCCAGUAACACCAUAGUUCCAUUAUUAUCCACGGUCAGUCCGGCUGUUCAAGGAGAUCAAGAGGAACUGCAGGUAAUUUAUGAACGCAUAAGAAAUGCUGGUGCUGCUGUGGUUAAGGCCAAGGGAGGCAAAGAAUCUGCCCAGCUUUCUAUGGCUUAUGUGGCCUCUACCUUUUGUAAUUCCCUUUUAAAAGCCAUGGAGGGUAAAUCGGGUGUGUCCGAUGUGGCUUAUGUAGAGUCCCAGGUAUUACCGGAUGUGAAAUUUUUCUCCUCAAAUGUUGAUUUAGGUAAAGACGGCAUUAAAGAGUUCCACAAACUGCCCACUAUGAGUGACUAUGAAAAGGAGUUGCUAACGAAGGCCAUACCCGAGCUAAAAGAGAGCAUAGAGCAGGGCAUACAAUAUGCUAAGAGUAAGAAGGAUCAGAAAUGAGGAGAUUAACAAUUUUCUGAAUAAUUUAUGGGUAUUUUAAAUUGUAACUAAUCUAAUUUUGUUUUAAUUAAUACAAAAAUUAAUAAACAUUUUUUUAAC